AUGACAGACACCCCUGAAAACAGCAUGGGCUCACCUUUGUCUUCGAACGACAGCCCCUCACCUUCUCCGUCAAGUGCAACGGCCCCUUCAAAUUCCUCGCGCCGGCCACCGCGCAAGAGUACCUUGACCCAGCAGCAGAAGAACAACAAACGCCAACGCGCAACUCAAGAUCAACUGGUCACACUUGAGGUCGAAUUUAACAAGAACCCCACACCCACUGCUGCUACCCGCGACCGUAUCGCAAAUGAUAUCAAUAUGACUGAGCGAUCUGUUCAAAUUUGGUUUCAAAACCGUCGCGCGAAAAUAAAGAUGCUUGCAAAGAAGAGCAUCGAGACUGGUGAGGGCUGUGACUCUAUUCCCGAGUCGAUGCGCAAUUAUCUCGCCAUGCAAUACGACCCUUCCAAGCCUGGAACCCGUGAUUCCUUUGGACGUGCCAUUCCUUACGGGGCACCCGGCAUGUACGCAAAUGAGGCUAAUCAGUCGGGCAAGGUGGUCAUCUCACACUUCACUUGUCGCUCCUUGACUGUCGGUAGCUGGCGGCGCAUUGGCCAAAAUGCUAUGGACCUAGUGGUUUUCUACUCACCCGACAAGGCUUGCAUGACAUACUACAUCAACAACGAUUCCGCUGGCUACAAGAUUGAGUACCCCUUUGCCCAUAUCAAGAAUAUCACCCUGGAAACUGGAGACCCUCAUCCUGGGCCAAACGGUGAACCACCCCGCCCUGGCGGUUUAGUGGUGGAGUUGAACCGCCCGCCGAUGUUUUACAUGGAUUCAUCUAAUUCUGGAGGCUUCUACCAAUGUGGGGAUUUCACUGAGGAGCAACAGGCCAGUCAAAUUAUGGUUCACCACUUGGGUGGCCAUCCCAAAGUCUUGAGUGUGCAGCUUGCGAAACUUGUUUCAUUGGAGUCAUUCCAGAACCGCCUGGCAUACGGAAACAGUAAUAGCAACAGUGGCAACAGCACCAACAUUGCCGCGCCUGCUAUCCUAUCCCCGCCCUUUAUUCAGCGCCCUGCUUCCCAGCCUAACGAAUUUCCCCCAGCUCCGUAUGUGAAUCCUUAUCAGGACCAGAACCACUUGGGAUUCAACAUGCAGCCCGCUCGCGGUCACAAGCGCCAACGAAGUCGUUCAAUGCCAGUAGCUGUGGAUAUUUCGACCCUGCAGGUUCCCAUGGGUUCUUUCCACGUGCCGCAGACUCCAACAUUCAAUCCUGCUGAUUCCAAUAUCUAUGCCCCUAUUCCCCAAUCUACACACCAAGGUCUACCUACAGAUCUGCGCAUUGAGACUGAUGGAUAUGGACUCGAUUUCCGAACCAAUCCUCUGUCAGCAGCCACUACCGCGUCUCCCUCUGACUUCGCCAGCCCAGGCAUGUUCAGCAGUACUGGACAAGGUGAUUCCACUCCAGUCGCUGCCAUGGCUUCCCAGUUCAAUCUCUCCUACAUUUCAGGAGGCCCCUCUGAGAACUCAACAACUGGGUCACACGCAACAUCUCCAUACUCUUCUGUCAGCCCCGCUGAUCCCAUGAUCGCCAAUCACUCUCCUCCUUUAUCUAGCAUGUCUCAUCCCGAUAUGUACGGUUAUACCCACGACCAACAACCGGGCUUCGAAGAUGGCCUUUCCAUGAAUGAUAUGUUCUCCAAACAUAACGCUCAAUACGCAGUUUCGCACGAUCCUCACACAUUAGAGUUGCCUAUGCAUCAUGUCAUGUCUGGUCACGGUUCGCCGGCCCUCGAUUACUCCCAUGGUUUAGUCAACCUUGAUGACAUCAACUCUCAAGGAAUGCCUGCUGGUCCUUAA